GACAGCUUUGUUUGACAAACAUCUCUGAUGCGAGUUAUAUGUUGUUGUGAAAGCGUGGAUUCGUUAAUUUAAUAUAAAAAUCUAAUGCAUGUAGUUAAUAAGGCAAAACGUUUUAUUUUGAAGUAGGUAAUAACAAAAGAUUUUUGAAAGUGUCCUACAAACAAUUUUAGAAAAUGGAAAGUAAAACUACUAAAAUGCCUAAAGUGGCAAAGGUAAAGAAUAAAGCGCCGGCAGAGAUACAAAUUACCGCUGAACAACUCCUGAGGGAAGCUAAAGAAAGAGACUUAGAAAUUCUUCCACCUCCACCUAAACAGAAGAUUUCUGAUCCUGAGGAACUCAGAGAUUAUCAGCAUCGCAAAAGAAAAGCUUUUGAAGAUAAUAUUCGUAAGAACAGACUUGUCAUAGGAAACUGGUUGAAGUAUGCACAAUGGGAAGAGUCACAGAAACAGGUGCAGAGAGCCCGUUCCAUCUACGAACGGGCUCUGGAUGUGGACCACAGAAAUGUCACUUUAUGGCUGAAGUACACAGAGAUGGAGAUGCGCAACAGACAAGUAAACCACGCGAGAAACCUCUGGGACCGAGCAGUGACCAUCCUUCCAAGAGUUUCCCAGUUUUGGUACAAGUAUACUUAUAUGGAAGAAAUGCUAGAAAAUGUGGCUGGGGCUAGACAGGUGUUUGAACGCUGGAUGGAAUGGCAACCAGAUGAGCAAGCAUGGCAAACAUACAUCAAUUUUGAACUGAGAUACAAAGAAUUGGAAAGAGCGAGACAGAUAUACGAAAGGUUUGUAAUGGUACAUCCUGACGUCAAAAACUGGAUCAAAUACGCGCGAUUUGAAGAAAAUCAUGGUUUCAUCAACGGCGCAAGAAAAGUGUAUGAAAGAGCUGUAGAAUUCUUUGGAGAUGAAGAACUUGAUGAAAGACUGUUUAUAGCAUUUGCAAAAUUUGAAGAGAACCAGAAGGAACAUGACAGAGCCAGAGUAAUAUACAAGUAUGCUCUUGACCAUAUACCUAAAGACAAAAAUAAGGAGUUGUAUAAAGCCUAUACAAUACAUGAAAAAAAAUAUGGUGACAGAUCUGGUAUUGAAGAUGUGAUUGUUAAUAAAAGAAAGUACAUGUAUGAGCAAGAAGUUAUAGAGAACCCAACAAACUAUGAUGCAUGGUUUGAUUACAUCAGGCUAGUGGAAAACGAAAGUAAUCCUGAGGACAUAAGGGAUACAUAUGAAAGGGCCAUAGCCAACGUACCGCCAUCCAAAGACAAACAAUUCUGGCGCCGAUACAUAUAUUUGUGGAUCAACUAUGCUUUGUAUGAAGAACUAGAGGCAGAAGAUAUCGAAAGAACUAGACAAGUUUACAGGACUUGCUUAGAAUUGAUACCACAUAAAAUAUUUACAUUUUCCAAAAUAUGGCUUAUGUAUGCACAAUUUGAAGUCAGGUGUAAGGAUUUGAAACAGGCUCGAAAGACUUUAGGAAUGGCAUUAGGUAUGUGCCCCAGAGACAAAUUAUACAGAGGGUACAUAGACCUGGAAAUCCAAUUGAGGGAGUUUGACAGAUGUCGGAUUUUGUAUCAAAAAUUUUUAGAGUACGGCCCAGAGAACUGCAUAACCUGGAUAAAGUUUGCAGAAUUGGAGACCUUGUUGGGGGAUAUCGAUAGAGCAAGAGCUAUAUAUGAAAUAGCUGUGGGACAGCAGAGACUGGACAUGCCCGAGCUAUUGUGGAAGAGUUACAUUGACUUUGAAGUUUCUCAGGGAGAAACAGAGCGUGCCAGGCAGCUCUAUGAGAGACUGCUAGAAAGAACUGUCCAUGUGAAAGUAUGGCUUUCCUAUGCCAAAUUUGAACUUAAUGCUGAAAAUCCAGACAACAUCAAUGUAGAAUUAGCUAGAAGAGUGUAUGAACGAGCAAAUGAUAGCCUUAGGAGCGCAGGUGAAAAAGAAUCAAGAGUGCUCCUUCUUGAGGCCUGGAAAGAUUUCGAAACUGAAAUAGGUGAUGAGAUUAAACUCGAGAAAGUUUUGUCAAAGAUGCCUAGGAGAGUUAAAAAGAGACAAAAGAUUGUCAGUGAAGGGGGCGUUGAGGAAGGUUGGGAGGAAGUAUUUGAUUAUAUUUUCCCAGAGGAUGAGAUGGUAAGACCUAAUUUGAAACUCCUGGCUGCUGCUAAGCAAUGGCGAAAACAAAAGGAGGUUAUAGAACCAGAGGGGGAGAAAGAGACAGGAGAAGAAUCAGAGCAAAAUCAAAGAGAAGGUGAAGAAGGAACACCUCCACAAAAUACUGACACACCUCCACCGAAUAAUGAAGACAGUAGUUAAAUAAAAUUGUUUUUAAUUAA